AUGUCGCAGCACGAAGAAAUUUCCCAGUCAAAGGGCCAGCAGGAAGAGUUUGUCGAGUCCAUUGAAGCCAUGGAGGCGGGAAAGCCGACUCCAGCAGGACAUGUCGACGUUGGCCCCAAACAGGAUCAGGCGCUGCAGUUGAUCGAGGAUGCAGGAUACUCGACCACCCUGACGCCGGAGAACAACAAACGAGUGCUGCGCAGGAUUGAUCUGCGUCUACUCCCUAUCCUCCUGUCCAUCUACUUCCUCCAGCAACUCGACAAGUCAACUCUUUCUUAUGCCUCCGUCUUCGGACUGGUUGAUAAAGCUCAUCUUCAUGGCAAGAUGUACUCAUGGUUGGGCUCGGUUGUCUAUCUGGCCCAGCUGAUCUUCCAGCCCUUGGUCUCCUAUCUGCUGGUCAAAGUACCUAUGGGCAAGUUCAUGGCGGCCUCGGUUCUGCUCUGGGGUAUUGCCUUGUCUUGCAUGACAGCCGCAAAUAGCUUUACUGGACUGUUGGUUUGCCGCCUGUUCCUGGGCAUUUUUGAGGCUGGCAUUGCCCCGGCAUUUAUCGCAGUCACACAGAUGUGGUAUCGACGACUUGAACAGCCCGUCAGACUGGGCUCGUGGUAUGCAAUGAAUGGUGUGGUCAACAUGGUUGGCAGUUUGAUCACUUACGGAUUGGGUCACAUCAACUCUUCAGUCUUUGAGCCCUAUCAGAUUAUUUUCCUCUUCUUCGGGCUUAUCACUAUUGGCGUUUCCGUCGCUGUUUUCUUGUUCAUGCCCGACUCCCCUAUGACAGCCAAAUUCCUCAACGAAGAAGACAAGCUGGUAGCUAUUGAGAGACUGCGCAUGAAUCAGCAAGGUAUCGAGAGCCACGAAUGGAAAUGGGAUCACGUCAAAGAGGCCUGCUUGGACCUCAAGUCUUGGCUUUGGUUUGCCUUGAUGCUUACCAUCUCCAUUCCAAGCGGUGGCAUCACUACCUUCGGUCCCCUAAUCGUCAAGUCAUUUGGCUUCAACUCUCUUAAUACUAUCCUGCUGAACGUUCCUUUUGGUGCAGUUCAACUUAUUGCCACAAUGGGCGGCGCUUGGCUGGCUACCUACUGGAAGAAGAAGGGUCCGGUUCUGGCUCUUCUUUGUCUCCCUCCUAUCGCGGGCUGUGUGAUGCUUUUGCGCAUUACCCACGACGCUGCUCACAAAGGGCCCCUGCUCGCAGGAUAUUACAUUAUCUCUGUCUACCCGGGUAUUACUCCUCUGAUCUACUCCUGGUCUGCUGCCAACACAGCCGGUGAGACGAAGAAGAAGGUGACCACGGGUAUUCUGAUUGUAGGCCAGUGUGUCGGUAAUGUCAUUGGUCCCACUCUCUAUACCACCGAGGAAGCACCUCUUUAUCACCGUGGACUCCUCUCCAAUCUUGCCCUGUUCUGCGUUCUAUUUUGCUUGAUCCUACUGAAUAUGGGAUACCUGACCAUCCUCAACAAGAAGCACGAACGGCAGCGUGUUGCCGCUGGCAAGGAAGCCAAGGUGGUCGAUCACUCAAUGAAUGAAAUUGGAACCGCUCAAACCGACAAGGAGGGUGUACCGGUGCAGAUCGUAGCCAACGAUAAUGCGUUCAAGGACCUGACGGACUGGCAGAAUGAAGACUUUUACAUCCUAGAUCUGAAAAUGCAAGACGAAGACUCGCUGCAUGUUGUCCCCGCACCGAUCGGGAAAAAGCGCAUUCCUUCCAAAGUUAGAUGUGAUGGGGAGCGGCCCUGUGGGAGAUGCCAAAAGCUUGACAAGCAAUGUGUCUUCUUCGAGAUCCCCAAAGAUCCCGUGUCAGAGAGACUUGAAAGCGUCGAGUCGGAGAUGCUAUAUCUCAGAAGACAGCUGGAUGACAUGCGGGAGCUUCUGCAGCGAACAUGUGCCUCGCCAUCAACACAUCCUCAACAUAUGUCACCCCUACAAACACGAGAGCGGCAACUACACAUCCGUCAGGAUAGCGUAUGCCCCUCAUCUUGUUCUCAGGCCGCGCAUUCUCAGGAACACAGUGGCGCUUUGAUUGCCAAGAGCCACCCUGGGUAUACAAUUGGAACCAAUCAUUCCUAUCCAAGAUCUGUGCCCGAUAUCUCUCCAAACCAGAUACCAGUGCACCCACUAUGUGAAUCACCACAAACAGGGAACAGGGCCUUGAAGAGGAAGCGAUCCUGCUUUGAGAUUCGUGACGACGCUGUGGUGGACUUUGUUGAUAAAGGGCUCAUCACACUCGAUUGUGCCAUCUCUUGUUUCAAUACUUUUUUCGAAGGCUGCGAUCGAUACAUACCCAUUUUUGAUCCCGAGCAUGAUACUUUUGACUCCGUGCGUGCCCGAAGCAGCAUUCUACUUAAUGCUAUCUGCACCAUUGGUUGCAUGGUCGAAACCAAAUCUGGCGGGCCAAUGUCUGACAUAUUGCAUGCCGAACUGAAAAAAUGGAUUAAUGUCAUCAUUCAGAACAAAGGCCUCAAUUCUCUCGAGUCAGUCCAGGCAAUGCUGAUAGUUGCCUGCUACUCCGGGGACCGCCUACUCAUUUUAUCGUUUGCCACUCGAAUGGCCCUUGACCUUGGUCUUCAUGAAGCCUUCGAGGAACUCACCGAACGACUCGCAAUGAAAAAUGACGAGAAUAAUUAUGGUGUCCCGGAUCAUGACUUUGAAAAAGAGCGCGUGCUCAUGCGCAAGUCAAGGACUUGGUUUGGGUUGUUAGUGUUGGAGCAUAUAUUCCGCGUCGAUGCAGGCAAGCCACCAGGGAUUCGGCUAGUUGCAACCAUCAAUGACACACUAGGUCCGGAGACAACCCUUGAUAGACAAGAAAUAUCGGAUUUUGUCCAUGAGAUGAAGAUCGAUCUUGAUCUGUGGUUCGAUGACUGGCUGCGUAUUGUCGAGGGUUGUAUCCCCGCUCAGCAAGAGAAACCGUACCUUCUCGUUGCCCUCCGCGUGCAAAAAUGCUGGGCCGAGAUGAUGCUCAACUGCAAGGCACUCCGGGCCAUGGGCGUAGAAAAUGUCGCUGCCAUGACCGCCACUGAGCGACAUAUUCUCCUCGCAGCCAAAGCGGCCGCCCGAAGACAUCUCCGCCUCAUUAUCGUCGAGCCAGACUUCUAUCUGGCUAAGCUCAAAUAUGCAAUGGAUUUUGUAUGGGCGAAAUGCGCCUUCUCCUUCCUUCUUCUUCUGAAGCUCUCGCGUCUUCUUCCCGAACGGGAAGAGGAACACCACGAGCUUCUAGAACACGGCGGAAGACUGGUCGACGAACUCAGCAAAGCGGGUUCAAACAACAACCAGUCUGGUGCGGGCAAUAUCUAUCUCCAAAUUCUCAAAGUCAGCAUCGAGAAAUAUGGGCGAGCAUUGCGUGAGUCCCAGCAGCCUGGCACGGGCGGCUCUAGCGGCACGUCGCCAUUUUGGGAGCUGUUCGACGCGCAGGCAGAUCUGCAAUGGUUCAUGCCUGAGCAAUUUGUUUCAGAGUGGGAUUUUCCGGGAUUGAAUCUUUUCUAUUUCCCCACCGCGAUGCAGGAUUUCUUUGGGGAUUUCUCAUUGGCCAUGUGA